AGUUCAAAACUCCAAGAUGCUUCACCUGAAAGGACUCGGUGCCAUCGGCGCUUUGGUUUUCCAUCACACCCUCGUCUUGGUUCUCCUAACACGUCGCUGCGAAGGUGAGUCUCAGGUGAUUGGUCCAUCUCAGCCAAUAGUGGCAGCUGUUGGUGAUGACGUCGUGUUGCCAUGCCACCUGGAACCUGCCGUGGACGCUUCAAGCAUGACAGUGGAGUGGACGAGACCUGACCUGAGUCCCAGAUUUGUGCAUGUGUGGCGUGACGGUGUGGAACUGGAGAAUAAAAAACACCCGUCCUACGUGGGGAGAACGUCAGUGUCCGUCAACAAACUGAAGCUCGGAGACGUUUCACUGAAACUGUCCAGAGUGAAACUGUCUGAUGAGGGAACGUACAGAUGCUUCGUUCCAACUCUGAACAGAGAGUCUACUGUAACGCUUGUUGUUG